GCGGAGAGGGAGCGUGACCGGGUGUGGGGCCGCGCGUGGAGGACGGCGGCGCGAUGGCGCGGCGCGGCGGAGCCGUUAUUUAGGGGCUGUCGGCAGGGCAUGGGGCGCCGUGGGGCGGCGGCGCCAGCGCCAGGAAUUCUGUGCAGCAUGUUUUCUAUGUGGAACUGGGUGGCCCAUGGCUUAUAUCUGCUCUUGAGUAUUUGUUCCCUUGAAGUUUCAGGUGGACUUGUACAGUCAUGUGGUCACAUCAUUCCAGAGUCUCCUGUAUUGGCCCUUGGUUCCAAUUUCACAGCAUUAUGCAUUUUGAACGAGAGUUGUCUUGACUUUGGCAAUAUCUAUGCUAAUCAAAUUAUUUGGAAAAUUAAAAAUAGAGUGAUACCUAAAGAACAGUAUCGUGAAAUAAACAGAACAGUUUCCAGUGUCACAUUUAAUGACACUUCUUCACUAGCAACUCCUCUGACAUGCAACAUUUUAGCAGAUGGACAGAUCGAGCAGAACAUUUAUGGAAUUACAGUUACAAUAGGCUUGCCCCCAGAGAAGCCCAAGAACUUAAGUUGCAUUGUGUAUCAGGUGUCAAAACUCACAUAUCCUAUGACUUGUACUUGGAACCCUGGAAGGCAUACAUUCCUGGACACUCACUUUAGGUUGAAAUACAGAUGGCCACAAGAGAACUUUCCUGACUGUAUACCAAAAGAUGUAAACAAUUCUUGUACGAUUAGUGAUGUUCAGUUCUUUGUUAACCUGGAGGUCUGGGUGGAAGCAGUAAAUGCUCUUGGGAAGGCUGAAUCUGAUCCUCUUGUUCUUGAUCCCAUUGAAAUUGUUAAACCUCUGUCUCCACACAACUUAACAGUCAACUCGGGAAUACUACCUACUGUUCUGAAGCUUUCCUGGGAGAAUCGGAUUUCAGCAGCUCUGAUGAAACUGAAAUUCAAUAUUCGCUAUAGGAUCAUGGGCAACACAAACUGGAUGCAGGUUCCUCCAGAAGAUACAGCUUCACCAAGAACUUCAUUCAGUGUUCAAGGGCUCAGACCCUACACAGAGUAUGUCUUUUCAAUUCGUUGCAUGAAGGAAGAUGGAGUAGGCUACUGGAGUGACUGGAGUGAAGAGAAAACUGGGGUCACCACUGAAGAUAAACCAUCUAAAGGACCACCCAUAUGGAGGAUCAUUGAUGCAUCUCACUCACCAGCUUCCUGGACUGUGCAUCUGAUGUGGAAGGCAUUGGAGCCAUUUGAAGCCAAUGGAGUAAUCUUGUGGUAUGAAGUGACUGUCAGAGCUAAAUCAUCUUUCUCCAGUCCACCAGAGAAAUAUAGUGUUAAUACCACCAACCUUACAUUAAAGCUGCCAAAUGGAACUUAUGAAGUGACUGUGAUUGCCCAUAACAGAGUCGGGGCAUCCCCUCCAUCAGUUUUACUUAUCCCAGCAAGUAAUUUAAAAGCUCCUGUGAAGAAUGUUAGAACGCUACCUAAAGAUGGCAAGUUAUGGGUAGGGUGGACUGCUCCUAACAGUUAUGUUCUUAAAUAUGUGAUUGAAUGGUGUCUGGUGUCCAACAGCUCUGACUGCAUCACAGAAUGGCAGAAUGAACCAGGAAAUGUUCAAGGAACAUACUUAAAAGGUGAUAUAAAGCCAUUCAAGUGUUACUUGAUAACUGUGUACCCUCUGUAUGCUGAUGGUCAGGGGAGUGGACAGUCUGUGAAGGCUUAUCUUCAGCAGGAUCGUCCUUCAAAAGGACCAACCGUUCAGACAAAAAAAGUAGGAAAAGCUGAAGCUGUUUUGACAUGGAACCAUCUCACAGUGGAUGAACAAAAUGGAUUUAUCAGAAGUUACACCAUAUUUUACAAAACUGUUGAUGGCAAUGAAACAGCUGUGACAGUGGAUCCUUCCAAGACAGAGUAUACCCUUUCUUCUCUGACCAGUGACACACUGUAUACUGUGCGGAUGAUGGCAUACACAGAUGAAGGAGGCAGGAGUGGUCCUGACUUUACAUUUACUACACAAAAAUUUGGAAAAGGAGAAAUUGAAGCCAUAGUUGUACCUGUGUGUCUAGCGUUCCUGUUGAUUGUGCUGCUUGGAGUUUUGUUUUGCUUCAAUAAACGUGACUUAAUUAAAAAGCAUAUCUGGCCUAUUGUCCCUGAUCCAUCCAAGAGUAACAUUGCUCAGUGGUCUCCUCAAGUUCCAGCUAAGCAUAACUUUAGUUCCAAAGAUCAGAUGUACCCAGAAGGCAGCUUUACAGAUGUAAGUGUCGUAGAAAUAGAAGCUGAUGACAAGAAGUCUUUUUCAGAACAAGAUCUAAAACCCUUUGACUUGCUUAAAAAGGAAAAAAGUACUUCAGAAGGGCACAGCAGUGGUAUUGGAGGAUCCUCGUGCAUGUCUUCUCCUAGGCAAAGUGUCUCUGACAGUGACGAAGGUGAAACUACACAAAACACUUCAAGCACUGUACAGUAUUCAACUGUAGUACUUAAUGGCUACAGAGACCAAACACCUGUACAAGUCUUCUCAAGGUCUGAGUCAACUCAGCCACUGCUAGAUUCCGAAGAGAGAUCAGAGGAUCACGCUGGAGGAGGUGACAGUACAACACAGGGGCAGCAGUAUUUCAAACAAAAUGGUGGUCAGGAUGAACCCAACACAGACAGGCCAUGCUUUGAAAGAACAAAGCAAAUUACUCCUGCUAAUGAGGGGGAUCUUGUUGGAUUUGUGCAACUGCAGAUCUCAGGUCAGAGUUCACAGCUGUUGGGCCUUGGGCUGGAAAAAAGUACCCAGGAAGCUGCUCUAUCAGAUGUUUUACACACAAGUACUGAAGGACAAACUGUGAGACCUGAAACAGUGGAGGGAAGUCCACUGUCAGUUGACGAAAUGCCAAAAAGUUACCUCCCGCAGACUGUGAGACAGGGGGGCUAUAUGCCUCAGUAAGAGAAGAGACUGGCUCUGUUUAGGCCUUCAUUAGUGCCUGUUCACUCUUUCUCCUGUGUUUCUGAUAAAUUAAGCUAGGUAUUUUUAUCUGAAUCCAGAUAGAAAUAUUGAAAUUAAGUGAAGAGUAAUUUGACAAAGUACAAUAAGGACUGUGGUUUUGUGGAAAAUUUGCAGUCCAGACCUACUGGGGACUUACUUUUAUGCACUACAUAAAAACUUAUGUCUGAAUAGCUGAACAAGCCUUUGUGCUACCUUGGGUUUUUUGUCUUGUCAUAUCAGAUUUACACAUCAUUGAAAACGGCAAGUUUCAAUUAAUCACAUCAGCCUGUAGACUUCCUGGAAGAAAUACUUCAAUUUGUGGCAGUGUACAAGCCUAAAAAGCCAGCUUUAGUUGCUUGGAGCAUCUUUGUGCAAAAGUAAGACUGAAGCUUAGUAUUCUAACAUGGAAGAAUACUUGAGUCGUGUACUCUUCAGUAGCUUGAUUGACUUUCUGAAUUUUGACUUGGCCCACUGUCUCAGCUACCAGACAUGCAAGUCAUAAUCUUUAAAUGGGGAUGAACAUAAAUAUUAAAUACAACUUGCUGUGGUGUGCAAAUAAGAAAACACCGUGAUUGCUUGACUCUGAAUGCUACUAUAGUAAUUAAUAUUCUGCCUACAUUUAGAUAUGCAUGCAUAUGAACUAUGUAAGAAUUUGGCCUAAAAAUGUGCCUUGCAACUUGAUGCGCAGCAAUUCAGUCUCAUGUUUAAAAGUUUAAAAAUCCAGAUGAAAACACAGAUUAACAGUUAUUUAAAGGUUUUGUACCCAAAUCACUAUCCAAUUAUACUGUACCUCUCUAGUCAUAUGAAUUGCCUUUGUUUAAUAAGUGCACCUAUACAGCUUGAGAGGCAAGUAACAAGCUGUAAGUUUUUACCAUUUUGCUAACUGCUCAGGAGAAAAGGAAUAUGACCCUUCUUCCUGAUUGACUACAACAAUUACUGUGCUGUAACCUCACUGCUAAUGCUGCAGGACCUCCUUGAAACUGAAAGUAGCAAAAACCAAAGCAUUGAAGUCAUUGAAGCUCUUGGAAGAAAAAACAAAACCUAUACCCUAAAUUUGAAUGUUACUGGUAGUAUGUAUCUGUUAGUAGUCAUGAGCCACAAAUAACACUUGUGUGGUUGUUGGGAUUCCUUUUUUUCCUUAUGUCUCACUUUUCCUCUGUUCAUACAGUUUGCAUUUUACUGAAGAAGAUAUGUUUCUUGGAGACUGUCUUUACCAGGGUUUAAAGAAAAAUGAAAUAACAUUAAAAUGAACCCCUUUCCAAUGAUAUGAACCCCUUUCCAAUGAUAACUAGAAAUUUUAUGGCACUCUGUAGGUUUGGGGUUUUUUUUUAAACCUUAACUUAGUCUAGUCAGCUUUCUAAUCUGACACUAAAAAAACCUCAAUUCAAAACACUAAAUGCUGUCUUGUGAGAAUAAAACCCCUGUUCUAUUUCUCCUUCAGCAAAAGAACUAUGUAUUUAAGACCACCUGAAACCUUUUGUGCUGUGACCUCUGGUGCUGCUGUUCUGCAAAGCACUUGCUAAAGGUCCUGGGAAGGCAGGUGUCAAUAUCAUUUCAACUUCCCUUGUCCUUGUCUGCCAGCUUGCAUGGAAGGACAGGUAUAUGUGUACAUGUUCACAUGUGUCUCCUGCUUUUGUUACAAAGAAAUUCAAUGCUAGAGUACAUUGAUAAGAUUACCUCUUGAAGUCAGAGUAUUUAAAACACAUAACGCAGAAUCUUUAAUAAUAUUUCAGUAUUCCACAGUUUCUCAUAACAGUAUUUUUUUUUUAACCUGGGCACUUUUUUAAACUAAAAGGCUAUAUUGCAGCUUACUGUACCUACACUUUUCAUCAAACCAGUCCCUUUCCUUUCCCCCCACUCCCCCUCAGCACCUUCAAACUCCUUCCCAGAGGGCAAAGGCAUAAUGAAAACUCUGCUGUCAUGAGACAGCAGAGACCAUCUUUUGGUUUUUUCAGAGGUUGAGGGAGCAUUACUUUGUCAGAACACAUUCCUCUUGGAAAAUAAUAGUUACUUUACUGGAGGAUGGGUUGUCUUCUCUAUGCAAACUUCAUAGUGGCUGUAGAAACCACAAAUAAAAUGGAAAGUCUCUGCUGAGGAGUGUGCAUGCUUAUUAGAACUGCCCUGCAGCCACCUGCAUCUAAUCCACCUUCUCAUCUCUGAAAUAUACUGGGCCACAACCUGGCUACUUAGUCGGAACAUUGCUUCACAGGCCUGGAUGCUUUCAAAAACAGAAUAAUGAUUUCUGCUGUUGUUUUUUAUCAUCUAAUGAUACUAACUUUUGAUAGCAUAUGUCAUAUUUGAGGGACAGCUUCAGUUAUUCCUGAAGCUGCUAUGUGCCUUUCUGUUGUGUAAAGAGAAGGCAUUUUGUUCUCAGUUGCUGUUAAUCGUGGACCAUUUCCAAUGUUAAACAAACAGUGUCAAGAGAUUUUCAUUUUUAAAGGUCUAUCCUAAGAGUUCUGGCCUGUCGCUUCUGGCAUCUUUCUUUCUUUGCUGUUUACAGGCCAGUGGUAAUAAACUCACAGAAUCGUACAGGAGUCUGUCCUAGAGAGUAUUCUGUCUGUCUGGCAGAGUUACAUUCUCUUUUUCAGGCUUCUGUAUUUAUCUAGGGCUAAAAUACUAGAGACUAAGCAGGAGAUACUGGUGGGUAAACAGUUUGUAGAAGCCACAGUACAUAUACAUAACAGAUUUACAGCUUGUUUAUAAACCUAUGUGCCAAAUAUUAUAUUAUGCAGUGUUCAGGGUUUAACUUGAUUUUAUACUUUGGAUUGUAACAAUCUAAUUGUAUCAAACAGUUGCAUACAGGUUUUUUGAGUGUCUGUAAUAUAAUUAUAGCAAUCCACUGAAAUUCUCUGAACUUGGCCCUCACAAAGUAAUUAAAGAAAAAGCUCCCACCCACUGCCACCCCCCCCAACUAUGGUGCACUUUACAAAAUAAAGGCAUUAUUAAAAUAAAAUCACACUUCAGUAUUGACACUUUCAUGUCCAUCUUGAUUUCCUGGACUGGAAUUUUUCAGGUAGGGGUGGGAGAAUAGUUGUAAAGACCUUAUUUUGAUGGCAGGGAAGGGUGACUAGAAGAAAUAUAAAGUAUUUUUCCUGUAUUAGCAUGUUUGAAACAUGUCUUAAGUGCAGGCUGGCCAGCUGUUCCUCUGUUUACAAGGAAAGUGACUCUCUCCAUAGUUCUGUUGUGGUGUUUCUUUUAGAAUAGGAGGUUGUUGGGAUUGUUUCUGGGGUGUGUUAGCUUGCUUUUGGGGCAGUUAGUCUGGGAACAUCUGCUCCUACUGUACUGGAAGUUUCAUACAUCCUACUGUAGUAAACUAAACUGCCUGGUAAGCCUUAGCCUGGCAGCACAAAGCACAGCAGAGCGAAAAUUUUUCUAAACAUUCUGGAGUGUCUGUGAGAAGCAUGCACCUAUCUGUGUUACAGCGGCCUGGCAAAACGCUAAUUAUCAGGACUGGAAAGAACUUUGGCCCUGGGAGGAGGAGGAGGGAGUUUGCAUGUGAGGGCCAAGCCCUGUUCUCAGGCACCGGAGAAGCCCCAUGGCCUGGGGUGGGGUUUGCAGCUUCAGCUUUGACUGUAAAUCAUGAGCACCACCAGAUGGUUAAAACUUACACUAGUGUGCCCAAUAUGUGGGAAUCGCAAUGUUAAUUUCAGUAACUGAAUUUGUUUAAUUAGUGCCAGGUCUCUAAUAUCCUAGACCCACAGCAAUAUAUGAGGCUAUGGUAUUGACUUCACAGUGGGAUCUGAAACUCCAAAGGAUCUCAAACUGUUAAUAGUCAGUCCCACUCCAGGACAUACGUAGUUUAAAUUGUAAUUUAUAUGCAUUAAAUGGGACUAAAUAGACUAGUUUAUUUUCCCUGAGACAGUUGUUGUAAUUGAGAUUAACUCCUUACAUUCUUUUAACUAAGUUUAAAAGUUCUCCUGAUCAAUGGAUUUUAAAACUUCAUUAAUCCCCUCUAAGCUUUUCUCUGUUUGCUGGGAUGGAUACAUAUAGCCAUUAUAAAUUCCAAGAGUUGCUUUUAAUGCUAUUUGGAAGCAGCUUAUAACAAAAAUGUUGAGUCUUGUCAUGAAACAGCCAUUUGGGAAUUACGGCCAACCCCACAGUCUUCAGCUUAGCUCUUGAUCCAGUACUGCAGUGAAGUGGAGGUACAAGUCCAAAAGUCUGGAAGAGGGUAAAAUUACAUAUCUUGCAUUGAACUCAAAUUCCUAUUUCUCUCCCUUAGAAGCAAAAGGAUAAGUUUAAUUAAAAAGUUAAAACGCAUACAUGUGUUUGCUUUCACUGUACUGUACUUGUGUACUUGUGCAAUCUGAGCCAUUCCUAAAAAUGCAGCGCUGACUUAAUGCACAAGGAUGGACUUUUAAGGCCACAAGAUUUGCAACAAGCAAAUUUCAAAUUAAUGACUACGGGCCAGAUCUCAACUUCCUCCCGCUCUUAAUUUUAGCGCAGAGAGAGGGUGGGCAGUAGGUACCUCCCAGACCGCAGCCUUAGCCAGUUACUUGUGUUUACUCGCAAAGACAACCUUGAAGGGGAUAGAUAUAUGCAAUAAAGUCAUUGAUACUCUGCAGAAGCACACUUCUGUCACAACAGAUGAAAAACACGUAUGGCACAACUGCCGACAAACGCCUAGAAAGUUCCAUGUCCUGUUGCUCAGACUGAAGCGUCUUCUGCACCCCGCACCGGCUGUUCUGCUCCGACGACUGCAGGCACGGUAGAUGAGCGUUCUCUGCAUUGUUGACACUGGUAACACCUAUCACUUUUCUUCAUACCAAAGCACAUUCGUUAACAGAUCCAGUCAACUUGCCGCGUUUUUUUAACACCAGUCUUGUUUACAGUGUCACAUACAGCCUGAGUCUGAUACAGCAGCGACGGAUUGUCUAGUAACCAAGUGCUUUUAUUGGAGGUUAAGGAGUCUGUGGUCAAGGUUACUGGUCACCGAAUGUUGCUGUGCCAAUACAGACACCUAGAUAAACGGAGGUGUCGGAUGUGGGGACAGACGUACUAACAAGGAAAGUGCCUUGACGCUGGAUUGGAUGGCUAGUGAAUGUAAACAUAAAGUCAAAUUUUACUAUGUACUUUAAGUGUGGCUGAUUAAGCUACUGGUUGUUUGAAUGCCAGCUUUAAAGGGCUUGCAUACUCCGGCCAGAGGGUAAACUUGUAAACUGCUGCAUAAGCUGUCUCUGUAUGGAAAUGUGUUUUAAUACUAGUACACUAUCUUCAUUCUUUUGCAAGCUGCAUGUUUAUUGUCAUAUAAACUCUGCUUUCUACAGCUUACUUUAUAGUCAGUUUUGAAUGUCUUCCUCUUUGUUACCCAACUGAGCCUGAAUGUUGCAUUUGUCUAGGAUGUAAUAUAUGAAAAGAAAACAAAACGAAGUUCCA